UUCUGUCUUCUGCAAACUGCAAACAAUUUGAAUAUUAUGGCUAGUAUUAGCAUGGUAGCCACCUCCCACCUACACACUCGCUUAUAUAAGCGUGCGCGCUCGUGCUGGAUCAAGGUUCAUUUUGGCUUUGUGGACACUUACGAAACUGAGCCCCCCCCCAACGGACCCUCCCACGCCUUCAUCUACUUCACAGCCUGAUUCCUCGGCAGUGACUCGGCGUGGGAAACACCACCCGCGCGUUGGCUAGCAAGCGCCAUCCAUCCGAAGCGCGGGCACGGAGGCGGUGCCGUGCGCGCUCCCGUGCCAGAGUGCAGUGAGACGCACCAGUAAGCGGAGAAGCACCUCAGGAGACAGCCAGGAGCUCCUUUGCCGUUUUUUGUUUUAUAUUUUUAUUCAUUCCGAUUUUGGACGUUCUCAACAGCGGACACCAUCGCCGGGCGUCGAUGCAGUGCCAUGUCGACAACAUCCUGGCGGAUGCCGAGGAGCUGCUCUCUUCGGCGGUUUAGACCAGCGGAGGACAUCCGGCCGCAGCAGGGAGCUUCGGCAUCAUGGAGGCUGGCUGCGUGGUUGCCGCGGUGAUCGAGAAUGCCGCCGCCUCACGGCCCCGGGGGGACCCGGAGAGUCGUCACGUCCUUGAGGGAGACGCGACACCAUUCACUCAGUCGAACAAAGAUGAUGUCUUACCUCAGGCUCCCAGCAGCCCCAUAGAUGAGGGACAACCACGGGAGAUACAGGCGCGCAGUGAUGACAUCACAGCCGAGCCCCUCCUGCGCUCCUGCGUCAGCACGGCGAGCAUGAAGGUCAAGAACAUGAAGAAGUUGACCUUUCCCAAGGGUCACUUUCCCCGUCUGGCCGAAUGUGCGCACUUCCACUACGAGACUGCUGACUUUGGGAACGUUGAGCUGGCCUUUGCAGAAGGACAGAGUGAAAUCCAAAAGGGGGCCCAGGACUCCAAAGAACUUCUCUUUCUGGUCCAGAUCACCUGCCAGGCUCGAAACUGGCUGGUGAAGAGAUCCUACGAGGACUUUCGUGUGCUGGACAAACAUUUGCACUUGUGCAUCUACGACCGCCGCUACUCACAACUGGCCGAGCUGCCCAAAUACGACCCGGCCAAGGACACGGCCCAGGCAGUAAACAAGAUGUUGGCCACCUACUUGUCCCGCUUCUCUGUCAUCGCCGACAACAAGAUCAAUUGUGGUCCGGUUCUGACAUGGAUGGAGAUUGACAACAAGGGGAACCAUAUGCUGGUGUCUGAGGAGGCGUCCAUCAACGUCCCCGCCAUCGCCGCCGCCCACGUCACCAAACGCUACACAGCUCAGGCCACCGAUGAAUUGACCUUUGAGGUAGGGGACAUUGUUUCUGUCAUCGACAUGCCUCCAAAAGAGGACACAGGCUGGUGGAGAGGCAAACAUGGCUUUCAGGUUGGUUUCUUCCCGAGCGACUGCGUCGAGCUGAUAAACGACAAGCUUCCUCCCAGCGUUCAAAGCUCGGUUCCCAAACCAGUAUGUAAGAAGCACGGCAAGCUGGUUACCUUCCUGAGAUCUUUCAUGAAGUCACGGCCGCCGCCGCAGAAGCUUCGCCAGCGCGGCAUUCUCAGGGAGCGAGUGUUCGGCUGCGACCUGGGCGAACACCUCCACAGCUCCGAAUACGAAGUCCCUCAGGUUGUGAAGAGUUGCGCCGAGUUCAUCGAAAAGCACGGCGUGGUGGACGGAAUUUACAGGCUGUCUGGAAUCUCCUCCAACAUCCAGAAACUCAGGCACGAGUUUGACUCGGAGCAGAUUCCCGACCUGAGCCGAGAUGUCUUUCGACAGGACAUCCAUUCGGUGGGCUCCCUCUGCAAGUUGUACUUCCGAGAGCUUCCUAACCCUCUGCUCACCUACCAGCUGUAUGACAGAUUCUCAGAGGCCGUGUCUGCAGCCACAGAUGAGGAGAGGCUGGUUAAAAUCCACAACGUCAUCCAGCAGCUGCCGCCUCCACAUUACAGGACGCUGGAGUACCUCAUGAGACACUUGUCCCAUCUGGCCACUUUUAGUUGCAGCACCAACAUGCACACGAAAAACUUGGCCAUCGUGUGGGCACCAAACUUGCUCAGAUCCAAACAAAUUGAGUCGGCCUGCUUCAGCGGCACGGCGGCCUUCAUGGAGGUGCGCAUCCAAUCGGUGGUGGUGGAGUUCAUCCUCAACAACACCGAGGCGCUCUUUAGCACCAAGCUCAACGCUAUCAUUCGGGAAAGCGCCGGUAACAACACCUUAUCCAGACCCAAAUCUCUACUGGUCUGCUCGCCGUCCACCAAGCUACUGUCUCUGGAGGAGGCUCAAGCCCGCACUCAGGCUCAGCUUAGCUCGCCAGCCACCACGCCCUGCCUCAGCCACAGCGACUACAUCGAGGUCGGGGAAGGGCCCGGGGCUCUGCUGGGCAAGUUCCACACGGUCAUUGAGCUCCCGCUGGAGAGUGUCAAGCGGGCUCCGAGCAAAGCCAAGAAGUCUCCUGUGGGCAACUGGCUGUCCUUCUUCCACCUGGGUAAGUCGCACUCCGUGUCCAAACGUAAGCUGAAGCGACACCCCAGCGAGCCCAACGAGAUAAAGAGCAUCGCACUGCCAGGUGGGCUCGCUGACUCGUGGCGCCUUUUUCAUCUUCCGUUUAAUCGGCGCGCACGAUUCACUUUUCUUGCCGAAAUAGGCGGGAGGGGCGACAGCGGCACAUUGCGCUCGGCCAAAAGCGAGGAGUCGCUCACCUCGCUGCACAAUCUGGAAGGCGAUCCUCCAGAGUACCAGCAUCUCCGUCCCCGCUCAACCAGCGAGGCCGUGCCCGCGUCCGACCGAGAUGACGUGUUCAGAACCAGAAGCAAACCUCCGUCGAGUCAGAACGGCACCCAAGAAGCUUCGCCCCCCCUGCCGGAGGACGACAUCGAACUGGACCCGCCCGUGGCCGGAAUGUCCUCCCUGGACUUUGACCCCAUGUCCUUCCAGUGCAGCCUGGCUUCCGGGACUCCUCGGGCACCCCGCAACAGGGAGGGACUCCAAUUCAGGAGGGACGAGUCAGACGCCACAACUUCUCCAAACAACGUCAACAGCCCUGCGCAGCUCCGAAAAGCGGAGACGGCGGAUGCGAAAGAGCUCCGAGCACCUUACGGGCAUUGCAGCCCGCGCAGCUCGGCCAGUCAGGCGUCGGCGCUGACGGACUCCACGCAAACCCUGCCGGAUCCAGGAGCAGAUAGACUUAUGAGUUCAGUGUCUAUUCUCCCUCCUCACCCUUCCCCGACGAGCGCCGCACGCAAGCUGGCUCUGGCGCUGGCCGAGUCGGCGCAAAAGGCCGGCGGCGGCUCGCAGAGAAGAAGGAACCACCCGGCUCGCCCUCUCCAGCGGCAGGAAGCUCAGGACAGGCCGACUCGGCCGUCGGCUCUGGAUCUCAAAAUGUGCCCGCAGCCGUACGCCGGCGCCUCCCAGUGGCAGACGCCCGCGCACCUCUACUCGCAAGCGGAGAGUAACUUCACGCCCAACGUCAGCCCGCUCGGCUCGGGCAGCCUGGACUCCCGGCACGGCGACGUCACGCCGGAGGAGCCCGCCUAUCAAAGCGUGGGCGUUUCCACUCCCACCGAGCCCGUCUUCUCCCCGCGCAGCCCCUUGACCUCCCCCGUCUACGCCAACGCCGACUCCAUCAACAUCUUUAACUUCCGCGCCGUCCUGGCCGAGACCUCCAUGCCCGCCUCCAUCGACGAAGUCCUCCCGCGAUCUUUCCAGUCUCCAUCAUUCCGCCGCUAUGCUUACGGAGCGCUCGGCCCGCUCGACGACGUCCAACGCAACCCGUGCCAUCGGCCCCCGCAUUCCUUUCUCUCCGGACGACUCGCUCGCUGCCUUCGACCCGACGCUCUGCCCCGUCACCUCUCGGGACCGAGACACGUGUUCAGGCAGUCCUCGGAGAGCCGCUGCGCCGCCUCCGGGUUAGGACCGCCCCUGUCGCCUCAGUACCAACGCUACUACCGAGACCAGCAACUUCCGGGCGCCGGCCAGCCACAGCAAAGCCACUGGCAGCGCUCCGAAGACGGCAUGGUUCUGCACCCCGCCAUCAGGCGGGCGCGCUCCUUCCACGCCCCGCAAAUCAGUCGCUACGAGCUGGCCGCCGACGUCCUGCCCCCUGAUUUUUAUCCUGAGCAGGAGGCGGCUUAUCAGAGGCUGCUCCAGCCCCACUUUGAGGACGUUCAGGUUCAACAAGUGCUGUACAACCCUUACCCGGAUUUGAACCCUAGCGACUACCGAGAUGCUUUAGACCCUUUCCAACGUAACAGUAUCCGCCACGGUCAGCCUUACAGGACACGGUCCAACAAGGAAAGAGCGCCGCCAGAGUUCUACUACUCCCCACGACACGGCCACCCUCCCGAAAGGGAACUUUUCAUGAACAGCGACGACUUGGUCGUUUACCAGACGCAGGAGAGUAAAAUAACGUCUGCCUACGACAGUCCGGUUUCCCCGGCCGGCUCGACGGGAAGAGAGAUCGUGCACAUAAGGAGUAAGUCGGAUCCGGGAAACGGGAUGCUGUCGGCCGCCAAAAGGGAAAGCCAAAGCGCCGUCAAGGCUACUUCGCCCUCCUUUCAGCAGCCGCAUCGCGUCCUCGUCAACGAGAGCGCCUCGCAGCGUCGUCGCCAGGCGCCGCUUCGGAAAAUCCCCUCGCUGCCCGAGAGCGGCUUUGCCGAGCUGAGCGACAGAAGGCAAACGGACCCUUUCAAGAACGCCCGAGCCGGCAUCCUCAGGAAGCCCGAGCGAUCGCAGAGCACCCGAGAGAAUCGCCAUCAUCACCGCCCCGCCAAAUCGCCAAUGGGUGCCGAACACGCCGGAUCCUUUUCCUCUCAGCCCAACAGAAGGACCCAGAGCGCCAAAGUGCGGCCCGUGCGCUACGACCACACGGCGGGGGGCUUUUACGCAGCGCCCCGGCCUAAAUUCACAAGAUCCACCCAAGCCGGGCCCGGGUACUCGCCGGGCCCGGACACCACGGUGUCGACCGCCGCCGCCGUUCCGCACGCCGGCCACAGGCUGCUGUCCAAGGCUCUGGCUCAGGAUGCUUUUUAUCAGUCGGCAGUCAGGACACACUCCGGCGUCCGUGAGUGACACUCGCGGCUUUUUAUGUCCAUGCACAGUUGGGCCAAAGGAGAACAGCACUUUAUCCUCUGCCAGACCAUCCGACUGUUUUUUUAAGCCUUCCGUUGAACCUGCUGGAGCUGUACAAAGCUGCCGCUAGGGGGGAGAGGGGGGGGGGGCAUGCUGCUAGUGGCAUCUUUACCAAUAUUUUCAUUUAAACCAGGGCUGUGGAACCUAAGAGUCAAUACUUCAAUGCAUUUUAUUCCUAGGAGUCUAUACCUAAAAUAGUUUAUCUAAUUAAAACAACAACAACAUAACAUCAGACCAAAGGUUCCCCAGCUCUGCUUUAGCGUUUCAAUUUGACAAAAUGGCUGUCAUGUUUUAGUUGCUUACAACCCAAGGGAAGACAAGGUCAAUUUUAAUGAGUUGAGUACGCUGAAGAAGGUGUACAGAUUUUAUUUUCUAAGUGUGGUUCUGUAUGUUUUGUAGAAAACCACGCAGCUGACUAAAAACAUGGCCAAUGUACUGUGCAUGUCUCAUUGCAGUGCGCUCAAAACUGGAAGCACUUUGUAUGAAAACACAUUGUCUUAACAAUGCAUCGGCGUGACGUCUACUCCAAACCUCUGGAUAGAAACACCUGAUAUAUUUUUCUGUGGAAACACAAAUGCUUGCUCGCUUGCUCGGAAUCGUCGUGGAAUGCAGAAAAAAAAGGCGCACUUUUUCAAAACGGGAAUCGACCUCAUUGCGAUCGCUGACUUCGAUGUUUUAUGAAAUCAUGAAGCUACCGUGUAUACGCUCUCUACCUUCGAUUGACGCAGCUCCCCCUGUGAGAAAAAUCUAUUUUUGUCUAUUGAUGUUUUGUCACAUAAAUGGUGGAACUGUGACAUUAUACUAAAGGUGUUUUCCUCUUAAGUUAUGUAGAAGAUUUUAUUCUAAUAAGACAUGUUCAAUACAUUUCAUUUCUAGUGCUUGUCUUAAAAAAAAGAGAAUAAAUAUAUUAUCAUCCAUUCCAAAUAAAUGAUCAUUAGAGGCA